CCGCCGCCUCGCCGGCGCCUCAGCCGCCCGCCGGGUCAGUGCGUCCAGGCCUCUCCGCCCUGGCCCUCGCUCCCAGCGUGCACCGCGGCGAGCGCUCGGGUGGGAGCCGGCGAGAUGCGCUCGGCUGGUGGCGCCCACUGACCUCCCUCGGCGGCCGGGCCGGGGCAGGGCCGGAGCCGGGAGCCAGCCCCGCCCGCCGCCCCGCCCAUGGGCCGCUGACCCCGCUGCCGCCCGCCCGGAGGACCGCGCCGAGGGGGGGAGACGCCUGAAGGACCGCGACUGCUGCGCCCGCAGGUCACCUGGAUGCCAGCAUGGCAGCCACAAACCUGGAGAACCAGCUGCACAGCGCGCAGAAGAACGUCUUGUUCCUGCAGCGGGAGCAUGCCAGCACGCUCAAGGGCCUGCACGCCGAGAUCAGGCGGCUGCAGCAACACUGCACAGAUUUAACAUACGAGCUGACACUCAAAAGUUCAGAAGAGACAGGAGACGGCUCUUCUAGAAGCAGCGAACUGAAGAAACGAUGUGACGAGCUGGAAGCUCAGCUGCAGGCCAAGGAGCAGGAGAGCCAGGAGCUGCUGCGGGAGCUGGAGCAGAAGAACGCCAUGAUCGCGGUGCUGGAGAACACCAUCCGGGAGCGGGAGCGGAAGUACCUGGAGGAGCUCAAGGUCAAGAGCCACAAGCUGAACAUGCUGUCGGGCGAGCUGGAGCAGCGGGCCGGCACCAUUGCCUACCUGACCUCGCAGCUGCACGCCACCAAGCGCAAGCUGCUCGGCUCCAGCGGGACCUGGGACGGCAGCCCUUCCGGGAGCCCCGUGCUGGCCAGCUACAAGCCAGCCCCCCUCAGAGACAAGCUGCCCGAAACGCCCCGCCGCCGCAGCAUGAAAAAGAGCCUGUCCGCCCCCCUGCACCCCGAGUUUGAAGAGGCCUACAGAUUUGGGGGCGAGAGCCGGAAACUUCUUUUGCGGGAAGCCGUGGAUGCCAUGCCUGACCCCACCCCGUUCCUGCUAGCCCGGGAGCCGGCCGAGGUCCACCUCGUCAAAGAGAGGCCCCUGGUCAUCCCCCCCAUCGCGUCCGACCGCAGCGCGGGCGAGCAGCACAGCCCGGCCCGCGAGAAGCCGCACAAGGCCCAUGUAGGGGUGGCACACCGUAUCCACCACGUCACCCCGCCCCAGGCCCAGGCCGAGGUGGAGACGCUGGCGAUCGACCAGGUGAACGGAGGCAAGGCUGUGAGGAAGCACUCAGGGACGGACAGAACUGUGUGAAGCCCGCCGGCGGCCCACACCGGCUGUCCACUCACUGUGAUCGCCACAGGAACAUCUCAGCCACUCCUUUUUGUUUUGAGUUUUCAUUUCCAUGCAUGCCAAUUUUUUUUCAGACCUGUCACAGGUAAUUCUCCUCCCACCCCACCUGCUCUCUCAGACACCAGAAUGUGACCGCGCCCCCUGCUGCAGAACACGUAUUUACUAACCGCGUGGCCAGACGCCUGCGUGCCCAGCGGCUUGCUUCUGACCCCACUCGGUGUAGCUCAGUGCGCGCGUGGGCAGCGCGCAGGCCACAGGCUGCAUUACUCUCAAUGCUAAUGAAAUCAGAUAGCCACAUGCCUACGUCCACAGCCAGAGCCACACAUACCCCCCUGACCUUAGCCCUCCGGUUUCCAGGGCAGCCUGUGGGGAGCAGCCUCUGCUCCCGCCCAGAGACCCCGUAACCUCCCGAGACACCUUUCCCCAGGCGGCACCGUAAGCGAGCAGCUGUAUGUGUAUGUCACAGGAACUAAAUAAGAUGACAUUGCUCCUCGUAUCACCACAACCUGAAUGUGUGUUCAUAUUUUUUGUUAGUUUUAUCCAAAAUGUUCAAGAUCCCAACAAACUUUAUUUUCUAAACCUGC